CUGACACCAGCACGCCUCACCGACCCCGACUCUGCGGCCAUCCUCUCCAGAAAGAAAAGACUGAUCAAAUACAUAUGGUUCCGUGUGGAACUGCGGGAGUAUGACUGUAACUCUUGCGAUCCAGAAGAAGAGGAGUAUUGGGGGCUGAGUCGCGCUGAUGACAAAUUGAUCAUGGAUGGAUUUGAGAAUUUGUUGUGGGCUCUCAUAGCAUGGGAGGAUGGCGAUGAGUUGACUCUCGACAUCAGUGUCUACUCGCCGAGUGACACGCAGCACUGGUUUAAAUACCUGAGCUUCCAUCCAGAUACUCACCGCGGCGAGUGUUCGCCGCUGCAGCGCAACGGACAUUAUCAAGGAACCCCUAUUGACGACCCAGAUCAUGGCUGGGUUGCCGGGCGACAAACAUCUACUCCCGAUUGGUACGCCGUCGACAUAUUAUUCGAACGUAUCAUGGGCCAGGGACCAUUCAGAACCGAAACCCAGGAGAAGAAUUGGUGGCAGACACUGCCCCUUGUUCCCGCAGUCACGACUGUGCUUCUUCGUCAGCAAACCCGUCGACGUUGGAAGCCAGUCACCCUCAAGCACAUGCUGGAACGUUUCCCCAACAUGAAGGAGCUUUGUUACGAGCCUUGGAGAGAGUGGGAUCGCGAACUGGUUCGCCUGACCAACAUUGAGAGUGAGAGUCUGGUCGAGAUGUUCGCCACAACGAGACUGUCGAACCUGGCAAUCUUCGAGAAUUUCCACCGGUCAUACCCGCCCUCGUGGAUCAACCAGUUCGCCAGGAGACCGUCCCCUGUGGUUAGCCGCAAAAUUGCGAAGGUCAGCCUAAAACUCGUGACACUAUCGGCAUGCUUCAUUACCGACGCCAGUUACUUCUUCGAAGCGCGCGAAGAGUCAUGGAAUUGGGAGAAUCUCACAUCUCUCGCGCUGACAUCGAAAUUACUCACUCAUGAUGUGGACGCUGCGAGCAUCAACGAAAUGCUACGACUUGCGGCAGAGGCCGCACUACAUAUGCCAAAGCUUGAGGUCAUGGAGCUGUGGAACGGAAGAGAGCGUGUGGCGAUGUUGUUUCGCUACCAGAAGGCCAAAAAUGGACAGUCGGCUGUCAUCACGGUACGGGGAACGUUCCAGCUUGCCCUCGAUCCUGAGGUUAUAGAAGCUUGGAACGCGGUCGCGACCCAACUUGGCCAUGGUUGGGUCGAUAUUCAGAGCUCCAUCAUCAACCCAAAUACUAUCCGAAGCCACGGUGAUGCGAUACGCCAGCUGGGACUCUCGACGCAAGUCGUCAGACCUGUCUCGCUGCAACAGAUCCUCGACGAGCAUGAAGACCGGGCCUAG